GUUUCUAAGGUUUGAAGACUGGUUCAGAAUUCGAUCUAAAUAACACCAAUUAUGGCUUUGAAAAACCAGAUAUGUAKCGGUGUAGAAGCAAUGAUGAAAAGGAAGCCCAUCAGUGAACUUCGYCUUCAAGAUCCUGAGAUAUGGGACAAGGUAGCUUGGAUAAGAGAUCACUUCGUCAAGGACCUCGACUCUGGAAUUCGAAAAAUGGAUUUCUGUAACUUUGUUACUGAACACCUUGGGCGAACUGGAUAUCGAGACGUGUGGCAUUUACUSAAAAUAGCCUAUCCACACGUCGACCGCGUGAGAAAAGGAAGGAAGUAUAUGUACUGGGGCAUCAAACAUAAGACAAUAGAACAGACAGACAGUAUUCUUGAGUCACAAAAGGCAAUCGAAUGUAAUAAUAAUGAUUGUAAUAAUGCCCAAGUCCUCCAAAAGACAUCGGCAGUCGAUGAUGGCACGGAUAGCGAAGCGUGUUUUGAGCGAUGUCCUUCAAUCAAAGUUAAAUCUGAAAAAAUGYCCGACGAAGAAGACACAGCAAAAUCGGAUAACUUCUUAGUUAUGGAAUUCAAGGAAAAGGACGUGUUCGAAAGUUUUGAAGAUUAUGAAAAGUCAAAAGAAGAUAGGYUAUGUAAUGGGCAAAACAAUGAAAGAUGUGUGACUCCACCGCUCGUAAUUUUCACAGAGCACCAAAUGACUGAUUCCUCUGAACUCCCCGACAAGAAGAAUGCAUCUAAUAAACAACCCGACAAAAAAGAUGAGAAAUCCAUUGAAUCUUCAUSUGUUUUUCCGUCAGAGGCAAACGAAACUGCCUUUACAACAAACUUGCUCAAACCUGAGAACAUUAAUCGUGUGUGUAUUCCACUAAUGCAGGACGUCAAGAAACGCAAAAACAAAGGUGAUGACAACACUGCCGAGGUAAAUGAUGAAAACCAUAAGAUAAAUCCUGUUAUAGUAUCAGUGGCAAGUAUUGGGAAAAACACAGAUCAUAACACAGACAAAACUACUGCAGGUGAUGUUCAAGUUGUGGUUGUUCAAGAUAGAGGAAUUCAAGUGUGCGAAACAUCUUCUAAYACCACCCAAAGAAGRAAACGAAAUGCUGCACAGGCCAAAUCCACUGAUUGCAACGUACAACCAUUAUGUGCAACCAUGACAACUGUCUGUCACGACAAGGGCGACUCGAAACAGCAACCAACCAGCACCAACUCGAGGAAGAAGAUGAAAAGUGUGGCAGAAAAUACUCCAACUGUUGCUGUAAAGACGAAAUGUACUGCAAGACAAGAAGAUACUUCAAACUUUAUCAAGGUACAAACAGCUCCCACUCAGGCAUUGUUGUCGAGAGGCUUCACACCUAGCGUUACAUCAACUGAACAGAUUAGCGGUCAUAGCAUAGUAGUAAUUAAACCACCCGUUAAAAGUUCAACUGCAACUAUUAGUACGACUUCUAACGUUGCAUCAUCACCUUAUAUCAUGCCAUCUAUUUUGAAUGAUCGAAAUUACAAAGCUUCCGGCGGCGUUGUUAUACAUGCGGCAUCUAAUCUCCCGACGCAUUACCGAAAUAGUAACAGCAACAUAGAGAAUCAAAUGAUGGAAAUGCAAACUCAUGGUUCCCGCGCUAACCCAAACGCUGUUCGGCAAGUAGCCGAACGUCCUGAUUAUAAUCAAUUUAGAAAUCGAGAACUUGUGCGUAAACUUCUUGAGGAACAUGAAUCUCAGAGAAACUCGAAAGAUUCUACUUCAGAGAAUGAUUUGCAGUACACUGUUGAUUGCCUUUCUGCAGAACUUGAAAAGGAACGCUCUUUGAGAUUACGUUUGGAGAUUGAACUUCGCAAAGUUGAGAAUCAGCUUGAUCAAGAACGAAAACUGAACGAAAAACUUGCAGCUUUGCUGAUGAAAAGAUAAAUGAUACUCAAGUAGCUAAAGAUUAUUAUUUAUAUUUUUAAAUAGAUGAGGUGACGGUUUU